AUGGCAUCGGAGAACACAGUGGCCUCUGCGCAUGGCCUGGCAGAUGGACAUUCGCCCCCUCACCAAUUCAUCCAAAACACAGGUUACAUCGAUAAUGCCAACGUUCCCGCAGUAGACGCCGCAGCUCAUGCGGAAGAAAACGUUGAAGACGACGACAACGAAGAAGCCGAAUACUACGACGACAUUUUCGACGACGACGACGACGAGCAAGAUCUUGAAGAGGAGAACUUUAGUUCCGCCAACCCCAACGAUUUCACCAAAUCAUACAAUCGCCAGCGGCGCCUGAACGAAGCGAUCGCCGACGCCAAUGCACCCAAGUCGUCGUAUCCAAAGUCAAACCCACAAAAGCCAAAGGCGAAUGUGCGUGCGGCGGUGGAUGAUCAGAUUGAAUCCCUGUCAAAGCAUGCGGUGAAACUCAGGCUUGAUGACGUUCAAUCGGGUCUACGGGGGAAGGAUGCAAGGGUGGUGGAUAAGAGCGACCGUGCUACUUCGGAGCAAGUGCUGGAUCCACGCACGAGAAUGAUUCUCCUGCAGAUGAUCAACAGGGAUAUUGUCUCGGAGAUCAACGGGUGUUUGUCAACGGGCAAAGAAGCGAAUGUUUAUCAUGCAGUUACCGUGCGAGAUAGCGAUGAGGGUGACGUUGAGACCCUCCACCGAGCUAUUAAAGUCUACAAGACUAGUAUUCUUGUCUUCAAAGACCGCGAUAAAUACGUCACUGGUGAAUUCCGUUUCCGAAAAGGGUAUAAUAAGAGCAAUAACCGGGCAAUGGUGAAAGUGUGGGCAGAGAAAGAGAUGCGCAAUUUACGGAGAAUCCACUCAGCGGGUAUCCCCAGCCCAGAGCCUCUCUAUCUCAAGCUGCACGUCCUAGCUAUGGGGUUUCUUGGAAACUCGCGAGGAAUUCCUGCGCCGCGAUUAAAGGAUGUCACUCUCAACGUCCCAGAUCCAGAGGCUCGCUGGCACGAAUUAUACAUGGAAUUGGUAGGUUACAUGCGUACCAUGUAUCAGACCUGCCGACUUGUCCACGCCGAUUUGAGCGAAUACAACAUCCUAUACCACAAAGACAAACUCUACAUCAUCGACGUCAGCCAAAGCGUGGAGCACGACCACCCGCGCAGUUUAGAAUUCCUCAGAAUGGACAUCAAAAAUAUCAGCGACUUUUUCAGCCGCAAAGGAGUGAAUACCUUAUCUGAGCGCAUAAUCUUCGAAUUCAUCAUCAGCGCACAAGGCCCAGAAAUGGUCAAUGGCAAUAACGAAGCCAUGAUCGCUGCUAUUCAGAAACUCUUCGAGAUCAAGAACCAACCCAACAGCGACCCUGACAGAGACGACGUCGACACAGCAGUUUUCCGUCAACAAUACAUCCCGCAAACCCUCAACCAGGUCUACGACGUCGAACGUGACGCGGAAAAGGUCCAAUACGGCGAAAGUGCCGACCUGGUCUACCGUGACCUCCUCGCCGACAAAUCGAACCCAGCCGUAUCAAUUACCCGACCAGACUUAACAGCGGCUGACAACGACGACGAAUCCGACCAAAGCGGCGGUGUCUCGCUAGCCGGAUCAGAUGAUGGAAGUGCAGACGAAGAAGAUGAUGAUGUCUUUGCGAAACGCCCACCACGCGGUAAAAAGCACGAAGAUAAGGACGAAAAGCGACAGCAUAAGCAAAAAGUUAAGGAAGAGAAGAGAGAGCAGAGAGCGAAGAAAAUGCCGAAGCAUGUUAAAAAGAAGUUGGUUACUGCUACGAAGAGGAGGUAG